AUGGACUCCGCCAAGCUCGCAAAGCUCCAGGCUCAGGUCCGCAUUGGCGGCAAGGGCACUCCCCGCCGUAAGCAGGUCAAGAAGUCGGUGACCUCGUCGCAGGGCGACUCGACCAAGAUCCAGGCUGCCCUCAAGAAGCUUGGUGUCUCGCCCAUCACCGGCGUUGAGGAGGUCAACAUGUUCCAGGAGGACGGCAACGUCCUUCACUUCGCUGCCCCCAAGGUCGCCGUCCACGCUGCUCUCCCCUCGAACACCCUCGCCAUCUACGGCCGUGGCCAGACCAAGGAGCUUACCGAGCUUGUCCCCGGUAUCCUCAACCAGCUCGGCCCCGACUCGCUCGCCAACCUCCGCCGCCUCGCCGAGUCGUACCAGUCGAUGACUGCCCGCCAGGCCGCCGCCGCCGGCGAGAAGAAGGAGGGUGAGGUCGACGCCGACGACGAGAUCCCCGACCUGGUGGAGAACUUUGACGAGGCCGACAAGAAGGUCGCCGACCUCGAGGAGCUCGAGUAA